AUGGCAUUGGGCUCGUACAAGCCCACCCAACAAUGCGGGAACAGCUACUGCAAGAAGUACCUGCUACCACCAACCCACUACCCCCAGGUCUUCGGUACCUACUUCCCCUACCUCCCCGGGACAACCUUCACAAUGCUAAUCAGCGAGCUGCUAUCAGAAGCCAGCAUCGCAAACGUCUACUGGGGAACAGGGGCUUGGUUCGUCCUCGGCUUGCCCAAGGUAGGCGAGGACACGCAGUUCAUUAUCGCGGAUGGAUUGCUGGAUGCUGCCGCCAGUACAAUUACAGCGAAAGCUUAUAUCCCUGUCUGUCCGGCUGGACAUGGCUGUCCCAUCAUGAAAGGCCGGAAUGGCGCUGUGCCGGAUUUGCAUUUCCAUAUUAACCACUACGAUGCGUGUCUCACGCUUGAUCUGUUUGGCAAGUCGCGGUUGGUUCCGGCGUUGCCUGAGUUGAGGCUUGAUGUGCCGGCUGUGGAUGACCCGACUUUCACACUGGCUAGUAGUUUCCAGUGGGGGGUUAGAGAGAGAGCCUGUGUCGAAAGAUGUUAA